GGGCGGGGGCCAGUGCUGGGCCGCCCGGCCAGGGCGCGGCAUGGGGCGGGUGCAGCUCUUCGAGGUCCGCCUGAGGCACGGCCGCGUCGUCUACAGCCCGGGGGAGCCGCUGGCGGGGGCCGUGCGCGUGCGCCUGGGGGCGGCGCUGCCCUUCCGAGCCAUCCGAGUGACCUGCACAGGUUCCUGCAGGGUCUCCACCAAGGCCAAUGAUGCGUCAUGGGUGGUGGAGGAGGGCUACUCGAACAGCGCUCUGUCGCUGGCCGACAAGGGGAGCCUGCCUGCUGGAGAACACAACUUCCCAUUCCAGUUCCUGCUUCCUGCUGCAGCGCCCACGUCCUUUGAGGGCCCCUUUGGGAAGAUUGUGUACCAGGUGCGGGCCACUAUCGACACGCCGCGUUUUUCCAAGGAUCACCAGUGUAGCCGCGUGUUCUACAUCUUGAGCCCCCUGAACCUGAACAGCAUCCCAGACAUCGAGCAACCCAAUGUAGCCUCCACCACCAAGAAGUUCUCCUACAAGCUGGUGAAGACGGGCACCGUGGUCCUCACUGCCAGCACUGACCUCCGUGGCUAUGUGGUGGGGCAGGUGCUGCGGCUGCAGGCUGACAUCGAGAACCAGUCAGGCAAGGACACCAGCCCUGUGGUGGCCAGUCUGCUGCAGAAAGUGUCCUAUAAGGCCAAGCGCUGGAUCUACGAUGUGCGGACCAUCGCAGAGGUGGAGGGGGCAGGCGUCAAGGCCUGGAGGCGGGCACAGUGGCAAGAGCAGAUCCUGGUGCCUGCCCUGCCCCAGUCGGCCCUGCCCGGCUGCAGCCUCAUCCACGUGGACUACUUCUUGCAGGUCUCCCUGAAGGUGCCUGAAGCCACAGUGACCCUCCCGGUCUUCAUCGGCAAUAUUCCUGUGAAUCACGCUCCGCUGAGCCCCCAGCCAGGCCCAAGUCCUCCUCCUGGGGCCCUGUCCCGGGUGGUGCCCUCGGCACCCCCCCAGGAGGAGGAUGAGGCCAUGGCCAGUGGCCCCCACCUUGAGGACCCCAUCUCCCUCUUCACCAAGAGCCACUCGCAGCAGCAGCCACCACAGGCCGCCUUCGGCUCUGUGCCUGGCGCCCCUGAACUCCGUCCUCAGGAUGGCAGCCCUGCUGCCCACCCUUUGCCCCCUCCCUUGUGCAUCUCCACAGGUGCCACCAUCCCCUACUUUGCAGAGGGCUCAGGGGGCCCGGUGCCCACCACCAGUACCUUGAUCCUCCCGCCAGAGUACAGCUCCUGGGGCUACCCCUGUGGUGAGUGGGGGUCUGGGGCCUGGGGGGCAGGGAGUGCUGCGGGCCCCAUGCAGACCUCGCUCUCUCCUCGCAGAGGCCCCGCCGUCCUAUGAACAGAGCUGUGGCGGCGGUGCGGACCCUGGUCUGACCCCUGGGAGCUGACCCCUGGGAGCUGGCUCCAUGCUGCCUUCUCUGUGCAGGCGGACCUCUGCCCUGGGAUCGGGCGCCCAGGGCCUCGUGCCUUUGCUCCCGGCCUGGCCCGGCCCACUCAGGACCCUCCGUUGCCGGGCCACUGGCCCCCCCAACCCCUCCUGCAGUCAGCCUCGCCCCAGGGGCCUGGAGAGACGCCAUGUAAAUAAAGCGCUUCGUUUGUAAAGCU